GUAAACUUCCGCUGAGUUUUGUUGACAGUUAGCUAGUACUCGAAAACACUUCAGCCGUAUAAUUUUACUUGUCACAAAUUUCUGUAUUCAGUGUAUAGCAUGUCAUUAAACGAAUUUCUUAAUUAUAUCCUUACUUGCUGGCGAUAUACCUACCCUUUUUCAAUAUUAUUGGAAGUUAGCUAGCAUGCUAACCGGCUAUUUGACUAGCUAGCCAGAUUAGCAUGGGGCUGAAUCCCGAAUUGCUCUCUGCUCCCUAUUUAAGUACACUACGUGUAAUGCGCUUUUGCACUCGAUGUAGUGCACUUCAUGUUUCUUAGGGUGCGAAUUUGGGAUUUUGCCCAGCUGUUAGCUGAGAAGUAAGACAAGGAAAGCCGCUGUGUGUAGAUUAUGAUUAUGAGCAGACGCGUUUGUUAUGCUUUUACUGGUUUUGAAUAACGUCUGCGCCAUGGACACUGAAGGGAUCGUGAUCCGGAUAAAGACACCGGUGGGGGACAUGGACUCAUCGGUGGACUGUCCGUCACUUUUGAGCUUCAACGACUUGCUGAUCGCAAUUAGAGACGUGAUGCCUGAAGCCACCAUUACAGCAUUUGAAUAUGAGGACGAGGUUGGUGACAGGAUCACAGUUCGGAGUGAUGAAGAACUGAAUGCCAUGUUGUCCUAUUACUGCAAUACAGUGAUGGAGCAGCGCAUGAAUGGACUCCUACCUGAGCCACUACAGAUUUUUCCUCGAGCCGGGAAGACUCCUGGGAACCGGAACAUCCACGGCCUCAAGGUGAACACACGCCACGGCUCAUCCAGCAGCCGAGGAUCCUCUCCUGCCGAGUCUCUGUCCAACAACAGUUUAAAGAAAUCCUCGGCAGAGCUGAAAAAGAUACUGACCAAUGGCCAGAUAAAUGAACAAGACAUCCAGUACCAGGAGCAGCUCGGCCAUGGAAACGGAGGAACCGUAUACAAAGCAUACCAUGUCCUGGGGAAGAGGGUUCUAGCAGUGAAGGUUAUUCCUCUUGAUAUCACAGUGGAACUGCAGAAACAGAUCAUGUCUGAGCUGGAGAUCCUGUACAAGUGCGACUCGCCAUAUAUCAUAAAGUUCUACAGUGCUUUCUUUGUAGAGAACCGAAUAUCUAUAUGCACUGAGUUUAUGGAUGGUGGGUCGUUGGAUGUUUACAGGAGGGUUCCAGAGCAUGUCCUGGGCCGGAUUGCUGUAGCCGUGGUGAAAGGUCUGACGUAUUUAUGGAGUCUGAAGAUUUUACACAGAGAUGUGAAGCCUUCCAACAUGCUUGUGAACACAAGAGGCCAAGUAAAACUGUGUGACUUUGGAGUCAGCACACAACUGGUAAACUCUAUCGCCAAAACCUACGUCGGAACCAACGCAUAUAUGGCGCCAGAGCGAAUAUCAGGGGAACAAUAUGGAAUUCAUUCAGAUGUAUGGAGUUUAGGAAUCUCUUUCAUGGAGCUGGCGCUUGGCCAUUUCCCCUAUCCCCAGAUUCAGAAAAACCAAGGUUCCUUAAUGCCUCUCCAGUUAUUGCAGUGCAUCGUUGAUGAGGAUCCUCCUGUGUUUCCAGUCGGUCAGUUCAGUGAGAAAUUUGUGCACUUCAUAACACAAUGCAUGAAAAAACAGCCGAAAGAACGUCCUGCUCCCAAUAACCUCAUGGACCAUCCGUUUAUCACGCAAUAUGAUGACGGGAAUACAGAAGUAGUAUCCAUGUGGGUGUGUCGGAGCUUGGAGGACCGCAAAUCCCAUCAAGCUCAGGGGCUGAUGUAAGGAGCCGUGACACGACAAGGAGCCGUUUUUCCUCUUUCUAUAAAGUGCCACCGAGUGUACAGAGGUUUAAUGGCUGGACUUACUUGAAGGAGCUCACCCAUAAACAGACUCCAGAGUGCUUAUGGGCUCUUCUUUUUUUUUUUAUGCAUCCAAUAACUCCAGAUCUGUAUUUUUGUUUUAUAUAUUUGUUUUUGAAUGUUUGUGCAAAUGGCAGUAUAAAUGACUCUUAUCAUUUCCAUAGCCGAUGGACCAGAAAGCAAAAGCUUUUUAUUAAUAGGGUUGUUCCAGGAUAAACUAGGACACCUUGGAAUGCAGACUAAACAUUUUUGCAUUUUGAUCCCUCGUGGAAAAGGCUUUGGGCUGCUGAUCAAAAGAUUGUGAAGUGAAAUCCCAGCACCACCACGCUGCCACUGAUUGGGUCCUUGAGCAAGACUUGAACUGUUAUCUUCUCAGUUGUAUGUCGUUUCGGAUAAAGGCAACAGACAAAUAAAGAAGAGAGGGUGUUUUUUACUGAA